AUGAGCCUCGACCAUUGCCGAGCACCUUCUGAAUCAAGCGCACCCAGGAUCUUCACGGAAGACAUGAGCAUGCUUCGUGAAGCAAACGCUAAGGCUGGGUCUGAGCUCGGAGCCUUAAUGAUGAUGCCCCAGUCGUUGGAUUAUGUCAAGCCUCGUGAAGCCGACGCUAAGGCCGAGCCCAAGCCAGAAAUUAUACAGAUGAUGUCCGAGUCACUGGACUACGUCAAGCCUCGUGAGGCGGACGCUGAGGCCGACCUCGAGCCAGGAAGUAUACAGAUGAUGUCCGAGUCACUGGACUACGUCAAGUGUGAGCCUCGGUGA